UUUUCUCGCGAUAGUUGGAUAUGACGUGUGGCGCUCCAUGACGACCCUCUGCUAAGCUAAGCUACAUUUCCCUGCAAUGACAGGAACAGUAAGACCCUAACGUUUAACACAUAAGAACCAGCACUGUACGCUUGAGUUGACCUGUUACAUAAUACAACUUUACUUGCAAAUCCUUUGGGAUAGCAGGUGGUCUUGUUUGGAUUACAAAACCAUAGGACGGAGAAAAUGCUGUCGGGUAACCUCUGUUAUAACCAGAGACGGUUAAUGGAUGUUUGUUAACGUGAAACGAGCUAAUGUCAGUUGGCAGCUAACUAGCUGGUCAGCGUUAGUUUAUCAAACCUGUUUAAAGUGUGCAUGCUGCUUGGCAGUUACUUUCAGACAUACUUAGUACAUGUCCAACAAAUGCUUUCCUGGUCGAAUAUGUGGCUAGUUUAUUUAACGUGACGAAUCGCAGUGUAGCUAGAUAACAGUUGCUUGUUAACCACCACCGGUUGACCCCGAAGGCAGCUGUACCUAACCAGCGACAAUUAGCUAAGAUAUCACCAGAGUUUGGCCAACUGGCAAGCUAGUCUAGCUGUAAGUUAACAUUACAGCAAGCUAACUUUACUUGAAACAUUACUAGACAUUAUUGUUGGGUCAGCUCUGCUAGAUGGCUGUUUCCCUAGCCGCUCGUCGGCUACCGAUGGGAGUACGAACAUUCAGUGAUUUUAUAGAAAUUGUGACACUUGGCUCGACCCAUUCCACAUCUGUAACCUCAAGGGUACUACGGAAACAACCAAUCAGGUACCUAGCAUCAUGUGGCAUCCUUAUGACAAGACACCCCAGAUUGUGGUACCAUUUUGACAGAAACCCAGCACCCAUACCUUCAAGCCGAACCUUCAUCAGUCUGACCAAUAAAAGGAAACAGUACUCAGAACGCAGAAUUAUUGGCUUUUCCAUGCAGGAGAUGUACGAGGUGGUGUCCAAUGUGGAUGACUAUAAGCAUUUCGUCCCCUGGUGCAAGAAGUCCCAGACCAUUAUGAAGAGGGCCGGUCACGCUAAGGCCCAGCUUGAAGUGGGGUUCCCUCCUGUAGUGGAGAGAUACACAUCGAUGAUCACUAAUGUCCGGCCUCACCUGGUCAAGGCUAUAUGUUCAGAUGGCAAACUCUUCAACCACCUGGAGACUAUAUGGAGAUUCAGUCCGGGUAUUCCUGGGUAUCCCCGAACGUGCACAGUUGACUUCUCUAUCUCCUUCGAGUUCCGCUCCUUGCUUCACUCGCAGCUGGCUACCAUGUUCUUUGACGAAGUCGUCAAGCAGAUGGUGGUCGCCUUCGAGAACCGCUGUGGCAAGAUCUACGGCCCCGAGACCCGCAUCCCCCGAGAGCUCAUGUUCCACGAGGUGCACCAAACGUGAGCUCUGCACUGGGACCUACAGCAGGGUGUGUGUGUGUGUGUGUGUGUGUGUGUGUGUGUGUGUGUGUGUGUGUGGAUGCUUUGGGGUUGGAGGUUCUGUGAAUGGUUCUUGCCUAUCUGCAUCACGCCACCAGUCGGCUACAGCUGCGAACACUAGCGAAGUGACUGGAUCAUGUUUUUCCUGCAAAGAGAUCCUGCAAGCUCGGUGCUGACUACCUGGUCUGACAAGGUCCAUCACCCUCCAGGGGUGCCAUUCUGUAGCUUACAUGCUCGCUUGUAAUUUAGCUGUUCUAUUUAUUGAAGCAGACACAAACUUUUGAGACACAUUGAAAGAGGUCUGAAUAUAUAUAUAUAUAAUACAGAGAACCUUUUUUUAGUCACACACACAUUAUGGGGUGUUUGCUGGGUUUCAGUUUUAGGCAUGCAUUGAACAAUGGACAUUUAUUGGACACUUUGUGUUCAAUGUGGGCUUUUAAAUUUUAACAUUAAACUUAAUGUCAUAGGUAAUGUGCCUAUUUUUACUUGGACUUGAAGGAAGUAGAGUGAAGAGGCUUAUAAAGACAAAAGUGCAAUAACUUCACCUAAGCUGAAUCACUCUCUUCUCCACACAUAUUGGUCUGAUAUAGUUAAUUUGUGAGGAUUUUGUUCUACCUUGUGGCCCAAUUCUUUAUUGCACAAUUCAGUGUAAGCUGUGAGGAACUUAUCCCUUAAAGGAUUCACAAGCAUUGAGUAUGGAUCCAGAACAGAUUAAGUAUACAAUUAAAAAGAACAUUUCACACAUAUUAUACUGUUUUUCAUCUACACUGGGUGCUUUUUAUUGUUUUAAUUUGGAUAAUCAUAAUAUAUUAUUUAACAGAAAUAUAACACUUUGUAAAAGUUGAAAGAUUCUGUAUUUUUAUUCAACUUGAAAAAAAGUCUCAACACGUCGUACAAGACUGUGUUCAGCCUGCUUGUGUAAAAGGUCACAUACUUCUCUCCACAUAGUCAAGUUACAGACAGAGCAGUAGUGUGAAAAUGUGUGAUUUUGGUUGCUUUUAUUCUGCAUGGCCAGAGUGUUAAAACAGUUUGAGAGAAUUUUAAAACCUGCUUCUAUUUUUGCCAGUUUGCUGCAGAAAGGCCGUGUGUGAGUGUGCGUGAGUGUUUGUGCGUGCAUGUGUGUGUGAGAGAAAGAGAGAAAUUCUAUAUUUUAUCUUAAGUCACUGUUCUUUGUGUGUCUUCCUGUGGUACUCUAAAAGAAAUGGUGUUAUAUGUAUCCUUCCUGUAUGAGUCUUAGAUGUUUUGUCUUUUGGGGUUGAAAAGGUAACUCAUUAUCUGAUCUAUUAUCAGGUUUGAGUAAUGUGACGUGAUAGGUGCCAUGAAUGGUGAUGAUGCGCUGCUAAUAAAGAUGAUUGUGUUUCAUGAA